UGCUGAACCCCAAAAAAAACUCAUUUUCUCAUCUGAUCAAAUAUGGCAGGAAUCAUCCACAAAAUUGAGGAGAAACUCCACAUCGGAGGAGGCCACAAGGAAGAAGAACACAAAAAGGAGGAACACAAGGGAGAAGGACACAAGAAGGAGGAGCACAAGGAAGGAUUUGUUGAGAAGAUAAAAGAUAAGAUCCAUGGUGAAGAAAGUGGAGAGCAUCACAAAGAUGGAAAGGAGAAGAAGAAGAAGAAAGACAAAAAGGAGAAGAAGGAGAAAAAGCAUGAUGGACAUGAUAGUAGCAGCAGCAGCGACAGUGAUUAGAUCUGAUCUGCUCGUAUCUGAACUGAUUGAUUUCCUAUUUACCUAACAACAACUCAUCUAUAGUAUUUUCUGCUAUAGAUCUAUCUAUCUAUGUGAGAAAAAGAAAAAAAAAACAGAAAAAAUGGAAAAGAAGAUCUCGUGUUUAUCUGCUUUUGUUGUGAUUUGUGAAUGUACUCGUCUUUUGGACGGUUUGUGAAUGUGGUGAUAUUAUAAUAAA